CCGCCGCCUGGGAGAGGACUGAAGGAGCAGUUGCCGCCGUUGGCGGCGGCCUGGGCAGUUUUCGCUGCUGCUACGGCUGUUGCCAUGCGGUGAGGCUAGGGAGGACCUCACUUCCCCGGGGUGUAAUAAUGUUAACAGAGGCCAGUCUAUCCAUAUGGGGAUGGGGAAGCCUUGGCAUCGUCUUUUCAGUAACCUUUGGACCCUUUGUAAUAUUUUAUUUGGCCUUUUAUAUCCUCUGCUUUGUGGGUGGGGGUUUAGUGGUUACUCUCUUGUUUGGAAAGACAAACUCAGAAAAAUACCUAGAGCAGUGUGAACACUCAUUUCUUCCUCCAACAUCAACUGGGGUUCCUAAGUGCUUAGAAGAAAUGAAACGGGAAGCCAGGACUAUUAAGAUCGAUAGAAGAUUGACGGGUGCCAAUAUUAUUGAUGAACCUCUCCAGCAAGUUAUCCAGUUUUCCUUGAGGGAUUAUUUCCAGUAUUGGUAUUACACACUAAGUGAUGAUGAAUCUUUUCUUCUUGAAAUUAGGCAGACUCUUCAGAAUGCUCUCAUUCAGUUUGCUACUAGGUCAAAAGAAAUAGACUGGCAACCUUAUUUUACUACAGGCAUUGUAGAUGAUUUUGGCACGCACCUACGAGUAUUCAGAAAGGUUCAACGGAGAAUAACAGAGAAAGAUGAUCAAGUAAAAGGUACAGCAGAAGAUCUUAUAGAUACCUUCUUUGAAGUUGAAGUUGAAAUGGAGAAGGAAGUUUGCCGUGACCUAGUGUGCACUUCUCCCAAAGAUGAAGAAGGAUUCCUAAGAGAUUUGUGUGAGGUUUAUUUAUUGCUACCUCCUGGAGAUUUCCAGAACAAGAUCAUGUGAUACUUUGUCAGGGAAAUCCUUGCACGAGGAAUUCUUCUUCCAUUAAUAAAUCAACUCAGUGAUCCUGAUUAUAUUAAUCAGUAUGUCAUAUGGAUGAUCCGUGAUUCAAAUUGCAACUAUGAGGCCUUUAUGAACAUUAUUAAAUUGAGUGACAAUAUUGGAGAAUUGGAAGCAGUUAGAGACAAGGCAGUAGAAGAAUUACAGUAUCUUAGAUCUUUAGAUACAGCUGGUGAUGAUAUCAACACCAUUAAAAAUCAAAUAAAUAGCUUAUUAUUUGUAAAGAAAGUAUGUGACUCAAAAAUACAGCGGUUGCAGUCAGGCAAAGAAAUAAGUACUGUGAAACUGGCAGCAAACUUUGGGAAACUUUGCACAGUCCCUUUGGACAGCAUUCUUGUCAACAGUGUUGCACUACAAUUUUUUAUGGAUUACAUGCAGCAAACUGGAGGUCAGGCACAUCUUUUCUUCUGGAUGACAGUGGAGGGCUACCCGGUUACAGCCCAACAACAGCUAGAGGUUUCAUUAAGUCAUCAGAAAGAUGGAAAACAUCAAACCAACCAAACCAAAGGUCUCUUAAGAGUAGCUAUUGUUGAAAUUUAUGAACAGUAUUUGUCUGAAAAGGCAUCUCCAAGAGUUACUGUUGAUGACUAUUUAGUAGCAAAAUUAGCAGAUACUCUGAAUCAUGAAGAUCCAACCCCUGAAAUCUUUGAUGACAUUCAAAGAAAGGUAUAUGAAUUGAUGCUACAAGAUGAAAGAUUUUAUCCUUCCUUCAGACAAAAUGCCCUUUAUGUGCGCAUGUUAGCUGAGCUGGACAUGUUAAAAGAUCCUAGUUUCAGAGGAUCAGAUGAUGGGGAUGGAGAAUCUUUUAAUGGAUCUCCUACAGGAAGCAUAAAUUUGUCUUUAGAUGACCUUUCAAGUGUAUCUUCUGAUGACACAGUACAACUUCAUGCUUACAUAUCAGAUACUGGAGUUUGUAAUGAUCAUGGCAAGACAUAUGCAUUAUGUGCCAUCACCGUACACUGGCACAAUCUAAACAGUGAGGAGAUGUGGAAGACAUAUCAUCGAUACAGUGACUUCCAUGAUUUUCACAUGAGAAUUACGGAACAGUUUGAAAAUCUGUCAAGCAUAUUGAAGUUUCCUGGUAAAAAGACUUUUAAUAAUAUGGAUAGAGAUUUUUUAGAAAAGAGAAAAAAUGAUCUAAAUGCCUAUUUACAGUUACUGUUAACUCCUGAAAUGAUGAAAGCAUCUCCAGCUUUGGCUCACAGUGUCUAUGAUUUCCUUGAGAACAAAGCCUACAGUAAAGGAAAAGGGGACUUUGCUCGUAAGAUUGACACUUUUGUAAAUCCACUUCGAAAUUCUAUGAGGAAUGUUUCAAAUGCAGUUAAAUCCCUUCCUGAUAGUUUGGCAGAAGGAAUGACUAAAAUGUCAGACAACAUGGGCAAAAUGUCAGAAAGAUUAGGUCAAGACAUAAAGCAGUCAUUUUUCAAGGUGCCUCCUUUAAUUACAAAGACUGAUGCAUAUCCUGAACAUUGUUGAGUCUCAGUUCAACUUGAUGAUAACGUGGAUGACAAUAUUCCACUUAGGGUAAUGCUGCUUCUUAUGGAUGAAGUAUUUGACUUAAAAUUUCAGUGGUUGCGAAGAAAUAUCAAAAACCUACUUCAACAGCUUAUUAGAGCUACAUAUGGUGAUACUAUAAACAGAAAAAUCGUUGACCAUGUUGAUUGGAUGACCUCACCUGAACAAGUAGCUGACUCAGUGAAACAUUUCAGAGAUGCAUUUUGGCCAAAUGGCAUUUUAGCAGAGUCUGUUCCAUGCAGAGAUAAAGCUAUUCAAAUGAAAACAAGAAUUGCAGGAAAAACAAAAUUAUUUGCAAUUAUGCCAGAUGAACUGAAGCACAUCAUUGGUGCUGAGACAACAUGGAAAGGCAUUCUUUGUGUUUUUGAAAUGUUUCAGCACAACCAGGUAAAUAGGAGAAUGGUUUGUGUUUUCUUGGAAGGUUUUUUAGAAACCUUAUUUCCACAGUAUAAAUUUCGUGAACUUUUCAACAAACUGCAUUCACGGUCAAAGCAGAUGCAGAAAUAUAAACAGAAACUUCAAACUACUCAAGCACCUUCUUUACAAAAAAGGUGA